AUGGUCGAAGAUGCUGAGGCUCCAACAGGGCCCGCCUCGUCAAGCCAGGCUGCUAUGUCUGACACCACAGCGCCUAUGCUGGCCGAGGCACAUGGGUCCUCGGAGGCGGCUCGGGAUGAGACGCAUUCUGUGCCACAGCCCAAGAAGAUUCAUUCGUUGAACAUCAAUCAAAAGUUUUUCCAAAGUGCUAAGGCAGCUACGACGCCGAAGCAGGAUCCAGUGAAAGCGCCUACGCCGCCUGUCGAUGAGCGCACGACCUCGAGUCCUCGUCUUGUCACAGCGAUGCCUGGCCGGCCUGGCGUAGCGACAAGUGCCCCUACGCGUUCCUCGUCGCACGACGCCGCGCGGAAAGAGACGCCGCGCGAGACGGCUAGUGCGCCGCGUAUGCCAUGGUCGAGUGUCAAGACUACAGCGCCCUCGCGCCUUAUUGUAUCGUCGCAUGACUUUCCUACUGCCAAAGAAGUCAUGGAAGCGGAACGCAAGGCGGAGGAACGUGCGGCUGCUCAUGCAGCCGAAGAGCAUGCGAAGCAGCAAGCGGCUCACAAGGAGCUGGAGCGUUUCCGUGGCACUGAUCUCGGGACGGGCGAUCAUUGGGACGAGAUGGGCGACGAGUCGGAAGACUCGUUGGACGAUGUCGUGGAGUUUGGCGAUGGCAAACAGUACAAAAUUUCCGAGGUGGAAGAAGAAGUGUCGCAUACCAAGCCGCCCCCUGCACCACCGCGCGUGCCUGCAUGGGGACCUGCUUCGCGCUUGCCAUGGCAGAGCGAGCCGCCCCGAACGACGACCGAGGAGCCGGUGCGAGCGCCAGCGGUGGCGUCCUGGGGUCCGUUGGCCCAGCGGCAUUCGACGCUGACAGGCAAACCAGUCCCUUCUCAGCCAGCGCCCACCUCUGAGACGCGCGUGGUGCAAGGCGAGGCGACUGCAGAAGAGCAGCACCAUGAAAUGGUCACGGCCGCGGAACGUGCGAGGAAACGCCGCGAAGAAGAUGAGCGCGUUCGCGAGCAAGAACGGCAGCGUGCGCGUGAAAAGGCCGCGCAGAUUGAAGAGCAGAUGCGUGCUGCUGAGCAGGCGAAGAAGGAGGCUGAGGAGCGUGCGAAGCAAGCUCAGCGUGAGCGUGAACAGGCCCGUGAGCGUGAGCGACUUGAAGCGCGCGAACGGGAGCGGCAAGCGCGUGAAGAGCAUGCGCGCCAGCGUCUCGAGCGCGAAGAACGGGAGCGACGUGAGCGCGAAGCGAAAGCGGAAGCAUUGGCGCGCGAGCGGGAGCAACGCCAAAAGGAGGCAGACAAGCUACGUGCGCUCGACGAGCAGGCGACGUGGCGCCGUACGACACCGCUGCCGAAGAGUCUUCGUACGCCCAAGCCCAAGCCUACGUCGCCUCGGCCGGCUGUCCUGCUGGGCCCGCCGGAGCCGCCCAUGUCGUGCGCGAUAUGGGAGCAGGACGAUGCGCCGGUAUGGCGCAAGUACACUGUGCACCUUCCCUCGGUGCCGCAUACACCUCGUGCGCCUACACGCGCGGCACAGCAGGGGACACUACCGCGCACGUCUGCGACGCUGGCGUGUACGUGGGCGGCGCCGUGCCCACUUGCCAUGGACGAUUCGCCGGUCGCAUUUUUGCACCCGGCCGACACGCCCGUGGUACGCUUGCCAUCGACGUCGACGUCGACGUCCAUGCCGCCACCACCGCCACCCUCGGCGCUUGCAUGGGCCCCUUCCGACGAGCACAGCGUAUGGCAGGCAUGGACGGCGCAUGUGGAUCGCAGUCCCACGCACACCCUCUUUAGUGACGACGUGGCAUUCUCGGUGGCGUCCGGCAGCGGUACGCCACGCCGUCGUCGAGCGCCUCGUGUCCACUUGCCCAGCGCGCCAACGUGGCGCCGACGGCCACGGUCCUACGACACGCUCCUUGAUCGAUCCAUGCCUACAAACGAUAUGGCGCCUUGGCCACCCACGUCGAGCUCGUUGGCCUUCCCUCUGCUCUCGACCACGACGACGCCCUUGCAGGAUCGUGUGGAGGCGCCGUCCACGUUGGCCGAUGUAUGGCGCUCGCCUUCUACGGCCGCUGAGGGCCUGCCCAGCACCACGACCCUGCCUCGACGGCCUGUGCCUGGCGGGGCCUUGGAUGUGUAUGCCUCGCCGUUCCGACCUGGCGGCCCGAUUGCCGAGGUCCGACCGGAUUGGCACUACCGCAGCUCAGGCGGCGGCAGCGGCACGGCCGUGGCAGCCGCAGCAGCAGCAGCAGCCGCAGCGGCGGCGGCGGCACCACCACGACUUCAUGCGCCUACGCGGCCCCUGCCUCGCGAUCCAGAGCAGCAAUUUAUGCUGCCCGCGGACUACUCCGACUUUGCGUUGUCUGAUGCAUGGUAA